CUGCAUUGGGCGCUGUUGUCUUGGCCACGUCCCCAAGCCACGUCGCGCUUACUCGCCAUUUUCCGAUUUUCUGAUCCCAGAAUCAGGCAAAUUCCGUGGUCACGGUGCCACUGGACGCCGCUGGAGCAUCAAUCGACACUCGCCGGAGACGAGCGAGCUGUUUGCCGACUUGUGAGCGGAUCUGCUUUUGCAGGAGAGCCCGUAAACAUGAACAUUUUCAGGCUAACCGGCGACCUCUCCCACCUAGCAGCCAUCAUCAUCCUGCUGCUAAAAAUGAAAACGAGGUCCUGCGCCGGUAUUUCUGGAAAGAGUCAGGUUCUGUUUGCUUUGGUGUUCACCACUCGCUACCUGGACCUGCUCACUUCCUUCAUUUCCGUCUACAACACCAUCAUGAAGAUUAUCUACAUUGGAUGUGCUUACGCCACUGUGUACUUGAUCUAUGCAAAGUUCAAGGCCACAUACGAUGGAAACCAUGACACGUUCAGAGUGGAGUUCCUGGUGGUUCCUGUUGGCGGUCUGGCUUUUCUGGUUAACCAUGACUUCUCUCCCCUGGAGAUCCUGUGGACGUUCUCCAUCUACUUGGAGUCGGUGGCCAUCCUGCCUCAGCUUUUCAUGAUCAGCAAGACCGGCGAAGCAGAGACCAUCACCACCCACUACCUGUUCUUCCUGGGACUCUACAGAGCCCUCUACCUCAUCAACUGGAUAUGGAGGUUCUACUUUGAGGGAUUUUUUGACAUGAUUGCCAUCGUGGCCGGGGUGGUACAGACCAUCCUCUACUGCGACUUCUUCUAUUUGUAUGUAACAAAAGUACUGAAAGGAAAGAAACUGAGUCUGCCUGCUUAAGUGCCACUGAGGAUUUUUGCAAACUCGAGUACGGGGAAACUGAGGGGAGGAGGCGCAACAGUGGAAACCUUGACCCCCUCACUCCCCACCAACACCGCCUCCUCCUCCUCCACACUCUGCCAGUGUAAGAUGCCUGAGACAGAGAGCGAGUGAGACCUGCUUGCUGCACCUUCUUCUGGUCCAAACCUCAGAACAUCUGCAGAGGCUUGUCCAAGGCCUUCAGAUUUCUGUUUGAUGCAUCUUGCCUUAAAGUUUUUUUGUUUGUUUUAAUUAUUAUUACUAUGCUGUAUAAAGGAAGAGGGGGGAAAAAGCAAGAAAAGUUUUCUACAUCAAAAUGUGCAUCCUGAAGAUUUGACACAUUAAUGAAAAAGAGCAGAGGAUGUAAAAUUGCUUCUAAUUUGGUGUUGUACGAUACCGAAGCGGACUUUUUGUGGCAGGAUAUUAUUGACACAACAGUUUGUAAGAGUAUUCACAAUCUAAAUAAUAAAUGUGCUUUUUUUUUCCCUUUUCUUGAAUUAAAUUUGUAGACUUUUGUCUAAUUUUGGUGAGCAAAUGUUCAUGUUUCAUUGUCUGGUUGACACCUUGUGCAUUCCCAUCUUUAAAGUGUUCCCAGCCUUGUUGGAGUAUAAAAUUUAUAUAGAUGACAUAAGGAAAAGCUGUC